AAAUGCCCAAUUACCUGUGCAUUCUAGUUCGUCCAAUGAAUUAUUAAAUGGAUCAAUCAUUCAAAGGAUCUAUGAGAUCGAUCAUGAUCUUCCAGAAGUGCAUAAAAUGGUGUUAUACCAACUCCAAACAACCCAGCAGAAACAGAAAGAGCGCAUGAUUGACAAGUUAAAGCCACAUCUGAUUUCUCAAUAG